AUGAAUAAUUUUUCUACAUCAUUAUCGUUAAAUUCAACGUUUACAUCAACAUCAUCGUCGAAAUCUAUGUCUACAACAAUAUUAUCAUCAAGUUCGACGUCUACAACAACAUUAUCGUCAAGUUCGAUGUUAAAUACAACAGUAACAUCAACACCAGGUUUAAUAUUUAUCAAUGAUACUAUUUUUCAUAUUAUUACGAAAUUACGUAAUGGAACACAAUUAUACAAAAAUCAAAUUGCUGAUUUAAUGGAACCUGAAAAUUUUUCUGUUCGUGAUAUUCAUAUUAUUAUUUGGAUAUUCAGCAUUGUUACUUAUGUUCUUGCAAUUCCAAUAGCUAUACGAUUUGUUCGAUCAAAAGCUUAUUUAAAUAUAAUUGAUUAUUUUUCGUUUCAUAUUAUUCUUUGUUCAUUUAUUGCAUGGAUUCCAUCUUUAAUACUUAUACUUUAUCAUUGGUUUCAAGUAUUUACAUUGAGACUUUGUCGUUUGCAUUAUGUUAUUUUCUCAACAAAUUCAACUGUUCCACUUUUCUUUAUACUUUAUAUGAUUGUAGAACGGUUUCUCUAUGCUCAUCCAUCAUUUAAACAAAAAUUUACACGAUUUUCUAAAAUGUUUUAUAUUCAUUUAUAUGCAAUUUUUACUUGGCUUUUGACAAUGCUUAUUUAUGCUCUUGCAUCACCAUUUACUCAAGCUGAUGUAACUACAACUAUAUCAAUCUAUACAAAUAAAUAUUGUCCAUAUGACUAUUCUAAAUUACGUUCAAUUGCAACAGCUCGUUCAAUAAUUUAUUUUUGUUUAUUUCUACCAGCUUUAAUAUUAAUUGGUUUUGUUUUAAGAUAUUUUUAUCUUAUGCGUGGUACAAAUCAAGUUCCACCAAUACAAAAAUUAUGGACAAUACGUGUUACAUCAUUACUAUGUGUGAUUGUUUUUUAUGAUGUCUAUUUAUAUUAUCUUGAACAUAUUACUGAAACAUAUAGAUCAUUUUUAUUAGCAUCAAUAUUACGUUCAAGUUUUUAUUUAUCACAAUUAAUUAUAAUUGCUUGUACAGAACCAUAUUGGCUUGAAAUAUUAAUUGAACGUUGUGCUUGUUUAUGUUGUUGGAUAACUGGUCGACGACGAAAACCAACAAGACCAGUUGCUAUAACAACUGAUACAGAAAUAAAUACUGUACAAUUUUCAUCAUCUACAGGACAUUAUUCACUCGUUGAUGAUACAAUUAACGAUGAAUUUGAUGAAGCUACUAGUGGAACAGAACCAACAUUACGUGUUGUUGUUUAA